UGCGUAAUUUUAAUUAAAUUCUAUGGAUUUUUUAAAUAAGGAAAUUAAUUUGAUAUAUUUUUUCUAUUCUUUUCAAUAUUAUUUUAUUAGACAGUAAAAAGUAUGGUAGUUUAAUAUCUUCAUAAAUAAGUCAUUAAAAGUUGGAUUAUCAUAAUAUAUUUUAGUAUGUCUUCUAAAGUAUCAUCUUUUUUACGUUUUAAAUGCAUCAAUCAACGGAAAUCAAUUAAUGAAUUUAGUAUAUCAUGUCAGUUCUCAUCGAAAGUUCAAAAUUCUUGUUCAUUUCAACAACCACCUCUUACAGAACCCUUGCCAAAUCUGCCAAAUAUAUUGUAUAGUUCACCAAACAAAAAUUCAGUAAAAACAGAAAUCACUAAACUAUCUAAUGGAAUAAGAGUAGCAACAGAAUCGUCUCAUGGAGAAUUUUGUACUGUUGGAGUUGGAAUAAAUUCUGGCUGCCGCUAUGAAGCAUCUUAUCCAAAUGGUGUAAAUCAUUUUCUUGAGAAAUUAGCUUUUAGUUCAACAGUAAACUUUCCCGGAGUCAAUCAAGUAAUUGAUGAAAUUGAGAAGUAUAAUGGUUUAUCUGAUGCCCAAUGUUCAAGAGAUGUUACAAUGUAUGCUGCAAGUGCUAAUAGGAAGUAUGUAGAUAACAUUAUUAAAGUUUUAGGAGAUGUAAUAUUAAGACCAAAAAUAACAGAUGAUGAGGUGAUGUCUGCUAAAAAAAUGAUUCAAUUUGAACAUGAUACAUUGAUGUUAAGACCAGAACAAGACAUAUUAUUAGAAAAUUUAGUGCAUAUGGCAGCUUUUAAAUGCAAUACAUUAGGAAUGUCUAAAUUAUGUCCUCUUGAAAAUGUUGAGAAAAUUAACCGCAAAAUUCUUAUGACUUACCUUAAGAACCACUUUGUACCUGAUAGAAUUGUGGUUGGUGGUGUUGGAGUUGAUCACCAACAACUAGUGGAAAGUGUACAAAGAUAUUUUGUGGAAGAAAAGCCAAUAUGGAGUAAUGAAAAACUUGAAACUAUAGCAGUGGACAAUUCAAUACCACAAUACAUUGGAGGAAUUAUUAUGGAUAAUUGUGAAAUUCCUCCAUUUCCUGGACCAUCAGGUCUAGCUGUUUUGUCCCAUCUAGUUAUUGGACUAGAGUCUAUCCCUAUGGUUGGAAAACAGCAAGAUUUUGUAGCAUCUUGUGUACUAAAUUUGAUGAUGGGUGGUGGAGGAGCAUUUAGUGCUGGUGGACCAGGUAAAGGAAUGUACACUAGACUUUAUCGAAAUGUAUUAAACAGAUAUGGUUGGCUGUUUAAUGCUACUGCUUACAACUAUGCUUAUGUUGAUGGUGGAUUAUUUUGCAUUCAUUCAAGUGCAGAACCACAAUAUGUUAAUAAUUUGGUAAAAGUUAUUGUGCAAGAAAUGGUUAACAUGACUGGUAGUAUACAAAGAGAAGAAUUCUUAAGAGCAAAAAAACAACUGCAAUCUUUACUAUUAAUGAAUUUAGAAGCGCGUCCUAUCAUAUUUGAAGAUAUGAUAAGACAAGUUUUGGCUACUGGUUAUCGGAAAAAGCCAGAAGAACUUUUACAAGAUAUUGAAAAUGUCACUGAAGAGGACAUAAUAAGAAUUGCAAAACAAAUGAUUGAUACACCUCUGACAGUUGUUGCACGUGGUGAUGUUAGACAAUUACCAGCUAUAGAAGAAAUUCAAGAAUUAAUGUCUAUGAAACCUCGAGGAAAAUUUUUUGGUCGUUUUUAAUUACUAUGUAAAAUGUAUAUUUCAACAUUUUAUUUGAAGUUAACAAUAUUUUAUUAUAGAAAAUAUAAAUUCAUUUGCAUUAAA